AUGAAUUUGUCAUGCUUGGCAACCAUCCCCACCAAGCACCACACCACCAUCCCCACCAAGAAGUCUGAGACAUUCUCAACAUUCUCGGACAACCAACCUGGUGUCUUGAUCCAGGUGUACGAGGGUGAGCGUGCGCGCACGAAGGACAACAACUUGCUCGGCAAGUUUGAGCUGUCUGGCAUUCCCCCAGCACCUCGUGGUGUUCCUCAGAUUGAGGUCACCUUCGACAUUGACGCCAACGGUAUCCUGAACGUCUCCGCAUCUGACAAAACUACCGGUAAGUCAAAUCACAUCACAAUCACCAACGACAAGGGCCGCUUGUCUGCAGAGGAGAUCGAGCAGAUGGUCAAUGAGUUUCUUUUUUCAUUUUCACUCUCUUCAAACGACGGGUAA